UCCGCCGCCGGGGCGCGCCGAGCUCGGGGCCGCCGCCGCCGUCAUUGCGGACGGGACGAUGUCUCGCUGCAGCCCCGCCGCCGCCCGCCUGCUCGGCCGCUUCCUCCGCCUUCAACAGAAUGGAGUCCGACACUGCUCCUACACAGCAUCCAGGAAAAACCUGUAUGUUAACAAAAACACAAAGGUUAUCUGUCAGGGGUUUACAGGCAAACAGGGCACCUUUCACAGCCAGCAGGCAUUGGACUAUGGCACCAAUCUAGUUGGAGGAAUUUCUCCAGGGAAAGGGGGAAAAACUCAUCUAGGUCUGCCUGUGUUUAAUUCUGUGAAGGAGGCCAAAGAACAAACGGGUGCUUCAGCCACUGUCAUCUACGUCCCUCCCCCAUUUGCUGCUGCUGCCAUCAACGAGGCCAUCGAUGCAGAGAUGCCCCUGGUGGUGUGCAUCACCGAGGGCAUCCCCCAGCAGGACAUGGUGCGGGUCAAACACAGGCUGCUGCGGCAGGGCAAGACCCGGCUGGUGGGCCCCAACUGCCCCGGAGUCAUCAAUCCUGGAGAAUGUAAAAUUGGUAUCAUGCCUGGUCACAUUCACAAGAAAGGAAGAAUUGGUAUUGUGUCAAGAUCUGGAACACUGACAUACGAAGCUGUUCAUCAGACAACACAAGUUGGGUUGGGGCAGUCUUUUUGCAUUGGUAUCGGAGGUGAUCCCUUCAAUGGAACUAAUUUUAUUGACUGCCUUGAUGUCUUCCUGAAGGAUCCUCAUACUGAGGGGAUCAUAUUGAUUGGGGAGAUUGGAGGAAAUGCUGAAGAAGAUGCAGCAGCAUUUUUGAAAGAAAAUAAUUCUGGCCCCAACGCCAAGCCAGUGGUGUCCUUCAUAGCCGGCCUGACGGCUCCUCCGGGCCGGCGGAUGGGCCACGCUGGAGCCAUCAUUGCUGGGGGAAAGGGGGGAGCCAAGGAGAAGAUUGCAGCCCUCCAGAGCGCAGGGGUAGUGGUCAGCAUGUCCCCUGCUCAGCUGGGCAGCACCAUCUACAAGGAGUUUGAGAAAAGGAAAUUGCUGUAAGAGAAGACACUUUGGAAUACUUUCUCCAAAACACCAGUGCAGCACCCGGCCUCUGCUUUCCUUUUGUCUGCUAAUCUUCAGUUGUCCCAAUGACUUGACAUUGGUCAAUGAAUUUGACUUGGAAGCCAUAAACCUCCUGGCUAAACCUGUUUUGGUGUCUCCUUGUUUCAGACAUUGUCACCCUGUUGUAAAUCACAGCAAAUUAAUAAAUCUACUACUAAAUCUGA